CGCGCUGCAACGAUCGAUAACAGCAUCCCGCUCUCUAAACCGAUCGACGCAGAAGAUGGUCAACAUGUCCAUUGGAUUCCCGUCCAUGCUGGGCAGCGCGUGAUCUUGAACUUCGACGGGUUCAACAGAUCCGAGAUCGUCUGGGGUACGGAUGCGAAUGUGUUCCGUCCCGAGCGCUGGCUGGAGAACGUCAUGUCGAAGGUUGCGCCUGAAGAUCAGUGCGGCGGGCCAUAUGUUAACCUGGCUAAUUUUGGAGGGGGACCGAAGGCGUGUAUUGCUUGGCGUUUUGCGUAG